CGGGAGGAGUAAGGAUGACGAAGAGAACAUGUUGAGAGGAGAAAUGAAGGAGGAACGAUAGAGUCACAAACAGAAAACAAACAGGUAGAGUGAUGGCGGCGUGGCUGGGCCGGGUGUCCUGGACCGACACCUGGUUCAACAUGUACUCCCGCCUGCGUCGCACCAAGCCAGUGGGCACCAUGGCUCAGAGCUCUGAUGACCUGACUGAACUCGGCAUGGGGUCCGAGGUUGGACUCGCCAAGGUUCUGACCACUGUGGACCUGGUUUCACUCGGGGUGGGCAGCUGUGUCGGCACAGGGAUGUACGUGGUUGCUGGACUGGUUGCCAAGGCGUUGGCAGGACCUGGGGUCAUCCUGUCCUUCAUCAUCGCUGCAAUGGCUUCCAUCCUGUCAGGCAUGUGCUAUGCUGAGUUUGGAGUCCGAGUCCCUAAAACCACCGGCUCGGCCUACACCUACAGCUACGUGACAGUCGGGGAGUUUGUGGCCUUUUUCAUUGGCUGGAACUUGAUCCUGGAGUAUCUGAUUGGCACAGCGGCGGGGGCGGCGGCUCUCAGCAGCAUGUUUGACUCUCUGGCCAAUCACAGCAUCAGUAACUACAUGAUAACACAUCUGGGAACAAUUAGAGGACUCGGUAAAGGUGAGGAUACGUACCCCGACCUGUUGGCACUCUUCAUUGCCCUGUUGGUGAUGAUGAUCAUAGCUCUUGGUGUUCGUAACUCCGUGGGCUUCAAUAACAUCCUUAAUGUGGUCAACCUGGUUGUCUGGAUCUUCAUGGUCAUUGCUGGACUUUUCUUCCUCUCCACCAAGAACUGGGAAGGUGGCAGGUUUCUGCCCUACGGAUGGUCAGGGGUGAUGCACGGUGCAGACUGUUUCUACGCCUUCAUCGGCUUUGACAUCAUUGCCACGACGGGGGAGGAGGUCAAGAACCCCUAUACCUCCAUCCCUUAUGCCAUCACCACCUCACUGGUCACCUGCCUCACUGCCUAUGUGUCUGUCAGUGUGAUCCUGACGCUCAUGGUUCCGUACAACCUGAUUGACGGCUCGGCUCCUCUCAUGGAAAUGUUCGCCAUGCAUGGCUUCUGGUGGGGGAAAUAUAUUGUGGCUGUGGGAUCGGUAGCCGGACUCACCGUGUCCCUGCUGGGGUCACUGUUCCCCAUGCCCAGGGUCAUCUACGCCAUGGCACGGGACGGACUGCUGUUCAGGUUCCUGUCACAUGUUUCAGCGUUCACUCGCACUCCCACAGUGGCGUGUUUGGUGUCGGGGAGCUUUGCAGCUAUCCUGGCUCUCCUGGUGAGCCUGCAGGACCUAAUUGAGAUGAUGUCAAUUGGCACCCUGCUGGCCUACACGCUGGUUAGCAUGUGUGUGCUCUUACUGCGCUACCAGCCUGACGAACAUGACGGCCACUUCCCCCCGGGACAGGAAGUGGAUGAGCUAAAGCAGCAGGAGGACGGCGCCGCCUCCACCAAAGAUGACGACAUCCUGAUCGAAGGGUCAGAAGGUGACGGAUUGCCAUCCUAUCAUGGCAGCGGCACUGAAGGAGAUGGUGAUGACUCUGAUUUCCACACAGGCCCCGCCCCCCUGCUGAAGAAGCUUCUAGGAGGUCAUUACUAUACUCUUAAAUUGCGGCUGGGAAUCCCUGAUGCAUCGUCCCGCCCCACCCCUGCCACCGGCCGCACUGUGACCAAAUGUACCCUCCUCUUCUUCUUCACGUCCUUCCUCCUCUGGUCCACCAUCAUCUUUGACAUUGAACAAGGAUCAGGUGCUGCAGCGGCGUUUUCGGGACUGGUGGGCGUGCUGAUGGCUGGCUCCUUGGCAAAGCUGCUGAUUACAAUUAUACAGCAGCCAGAAAGUGGGCGGAGUCUGCCUUACAUGGCACCUUGUGUGCCGUUUGUACCUGCGGCGGCCAUAUUGGUCAACACCUACAUGAUGCUCAAACUGUCGUCGCUCACGUGGGUCAGAUUCACCAUCUGGUGCUUCAUAGGUCUGCUGAUCUACGUCUGUUACGGCGUCUGGCACAGCACGCUGGAGCUGAACGCCCGUGAGGAACAGGCACACGCCAGCUCCUACCAGCGCUACGACGACCACCUUGAUGACACCUUCACUCCAGACGAUGACCUUUACCCCCAGGAUCAGGAUGGCAGACCCUACCAGGGCUGGUCUGCCCCAGAGGAGAGGGGGUACCACUACCAGAAACACCAUGAGGGCAACCAGGACCAUGAGGGCAACCAGUACCAGGACCAUGAGUGGAGUCAGCAUGAAGAAAAUGGAGAGCAGAGCGGCUACCAGUCUGUACCGGCGGACCGCUGCACGAGCAGAGGAAGAGUCAAUCAGAGCUUUGAUGGGAAGGAGGACUGACAUGGACCCGGAUGUGAUUCCCCAGAAGUACAAAUUUCAACAUGAAACUGAACUGAAAUUGUGGCAGACUGAAGUCAGAGAAGAAGUUCGAUCGCUGUCUUCACUUCUCAUGUUUCCUUCACCUUAACGACCUUAAUGACCUUAACAAAGUCACUUCUCGUCUGUUUGGGGUUUCUUCAGCAUCACUGCAGCACCUCUUAGAACCAGUGAAACCAGAACUCAGGUCUGUUUUACACACAGACUGUAUGAAGGUUCAAAUUUUAUUACCUUAUCGGCUAAGAGACGUCAGCACAUCUUAAAGUUUGGAGAUAAGGAUAUUAUGCAAAGGUGAUUCAUUUGAACCACGAUAACAACAACAUUAAUAUCAACACAUUUUCAGGGUUUAUUGUGACGUACAGUAGUGUUCGAAUAGUAGUAUGCUAUGUGACUAAAAGAUGAAUCCAGGU